AAGUUCCUGUCCAGUCGAGAACGCGAGCAAUGACGUAAGCUGCUUGCCGCGCAGCGAUGAUGGCGGUACGUGAACGCGCAGUAAAAGUAAUGGCUGCUAUAGAUCGGCGGGUACCUAGCCUCGAUGAAUUCGUGGGUCAAAGCUGGACUGCCUGGGCCGACCGGGUUGGUGUGGCGGCGGCAGAUGGGACUGAUGUGGAUGACUGCAGCAGAAAUGGGAAGAAGGCUGCAGAGGCUAUGUCACUCAGUAAAGAGGACAUGUCUAUCUUUGGCCUUUACCCUGGCCACGAUGACUUCUAUUUGGUGGUGUGCAGCCAUUGUGGCCAAGUAGUGAAGCCUCAGGCCUUUGAAAAGCACUGCGAGCGGAGACACGGGCCUCUGGCCAAGCUAUAUGGCAAACUACGGUCUCCCACACCUGCCCCCCAGCAUCAGAGACCCUACCAUGGCCACUCUCCUUCACAUGGGAUCAGCACCCCCUCCGCGUCAUCAUGGGAGGCUCGAGGGCCGAGCGUCGGGCAGCCACGGGCAGCCCCGCCUUCACCUUCCACACCGCCUCAGUACAGAUACUCCAAGAACUCCAAGGACGGAGUACGACAUUCCCCACUGGAGAAGUCAUUCCACAGCAGCCACAAAGAGACGGCAGUGUUUAAGCAGCCGCCGCCUCUGGAGCCCCCAGUCCUGCCUCCACCUCCAUCCCUUCGAGAGCCCCCAUGGCAACAUGGACCCACUUCUACGGGCCGUCCUUCCCCCAGUGACAAGCUGCCAACGCAGAAGAGGGACUCUUCUCAGCUGUCUGCAGUGAUUGGCCACCGGGUCCCCAGGCCAUACAACAAAGUGGCCUCCAAAAGGGAGUGUGAUUUGGACAAACACUGUGGCGUCCUUGACCCCGACAGAAAGAAGGUCUGCACUCGUCUAUUAACAUGCAAUAUCCAUUCCAUCCACCAGCGCCGGAAGGUGGUGGGUCGCAGCAAGAACUUUGACCAGCUAGUAGCAGAACUUAAAAUGAAGGUUCGAGAGAAGGGGACCCAAGCCUUAGAUGGAGCCUUCUCUACUGGAGGGUCCCCCAGUCCGGAGGCCCCAAGGGAGCAGGCUGGUGUUCCACACUGCAGGAGACCUCUGGCCAGCCUUCCUGCUUUCAGUCGCUCCAUGGCAGUGUCAGAGUUCACCCCAGAAGAGGAGAAACAAUGGCAGGAUGAGACUGGCCUCCAAGCCCCUUCACCUCUGGUCCAUGGACACAUCUCCAGUGAUGACAGUGAGGCAGAAGCACCUGAGGAACUGUCAGACUUCCCAUCAUCUACUGCACAUCCCAGACCCAUAGCGGUCUGUUCAUUCGGGAGCUAUUCAUUGGGUCACGGGAUAUACACGUUUGACAGAAGGCUUCACCAUGUGAGAUCAGCUCUCAGCAGCAUGCUGGAGCAGCACAUCAGUGCCCAUCUAUGGAAGAAAAUACCUCAAGCUGCAGACCUGUCACCAACUUCUUCAGCCAAGUCCUCUUCUGUCUCCAUAGCAACCUCAUCCUCCUCAUUUCAUUCUAAAGCUUGUGCAGGAAGUCAUAUAAGCUCACCCAAUCGUGGAGCAGGGAGACUAACAGCCAUGCAAUCAGAGAACUCUGGGGGCAGCAGCAGUUUUGUGGGUUCUCAUCCUAUGUCUCUGGAAAAACCUGCCGUGGUACGUCGGGUGGGUGCAAGCAGACCUAAGAAUCCAGUUGGGCGCCCUAGCAAGCAAAUGCUGAAGCUGCGAGAGGAGGCUGCUGCUGCCGCUGCCUUCCGCAAACGGAAAGCUCCGUGCCAAGAAGGAGAACAUUCUGGCCCUGACAGGAACUGCAUCAUCCUGCAGGACAGGGGCCCCCCAUCUUCUGCUGCCUCAUCAUCAUCUUCUUCCUCUUCCAAAGCCCCCACUUCUUUUCUCCCUCAUGGACAGACCAAUGGCACUCUGUCCCCCAGUAGUAAACCACGUCCACAGCCUCCCGCCCCAGAGUCCCACUCCCCUGCUGUUAAGGCACUUUGGACUUACAAACGGACACAUCCUCCUCUGAACCAUUCCUCACCUCUAGAUCCUUCCUCUGCUACUAAUUCCCACAAUCGUACCAGUGUGGGGGACUCAGGACUUCAUGGGCAAGGGAGCGGGAGAACCUUUUUGGAACAUCAGGGACUGAAGAGACGAAAGGGGGGUGGCAUAGAGGAACACUCCCCCUCAUCCAAACUCUCAGUGCAGCGCCUGCCUUCAUCCUCUAGCUCUGCCACCUCUUCUUCUCCACGCUCCAAUUUCUACCCUUGGAAGGACACUAAGAGUGGGAGUCUGGAUGGGGAGAUGGAGAAGAAAUUGGGCACACAGAAGCCAAAACUGCACCAUUAAGUGUGCUUGCCUUACAAGCCACUAUGAGGGAGCCAGCUCCACUCCGUCUGUGACUGAGCCAACAGGACUCUGUUUGCGUGGGUGUGUUUGCAUGUCGUCUGCUCAGCGUCCGCUCCGGUAUGAAU